GUCUGUUUGCCUAAAACAUCCGAUUACCCUAAAAAAAAACGAUCGGAAGGUUUGGAAACUGUUGCAUUCCAACGCCCAGAACAAAUCUGACGGCCAACUUCCCGGUUCAGGCAGCCGCCAAAAGAAAGAGAGAGUUUCCGCACUGUUUGGUUCCUCCGUACGCCGGAGACGGAGGCGAGAGGAAAACGAUGAGCGGUGGCGGGACCAACGUGGUAAACAAGGUGUUCUACGCAACUUCGUAUCACCCGAUUCAGGCUGGAAGCAUCGACGGCACUGAUGUUGUUCCCCACGACGACGCUGUUCGACGUGCUCUGCUCUGUUACAAUGCCGGCCUCUAUGAUCCUUUUGGUGACCCUAAGGCCGCCAGCGAUCCUUACUGCACCCUCUUCGUGGGUCGCCUCUCUCACCUUACCACGGAGGACACUCUUCGAGAGGCUAUGAGUAAGUAUGGUCGGAUAAAGAGCUUACGCCUGGUCAGGCACAUUGUAACGGGUGCUUCACGGGGAUAUGCUUUUGUGGAGUAUGAAACUGAGAGGGAGAUGUGCCGGGCAUAUGAGGGAGCUCAUCAUACUUUUAUCGAUGACCGUGAGAUUAUGGUCGAUUUUAAUAGGCAGCAAUUGAUGCCUGGCUGGAUACCGAGAAGAUUAGGAGGUGGGCUUGGUGGUCGGAAAGAAUCUGGACAGCUUCGUUUUGGGGGACGAGAGAGACCAUUCCGUGCUCCAUUGCGGCCGAUCCCUCAUGAAGAUUUGAAAAGGCUCGGCAUUCCACCUCCACCCGAGGGAAAAUACAUGUCACGCAACCAGGUCCCUUCACCCCCGAGGAAAAAAAGAAGUACUCAAGAUAGAGAGGAAGGGCAUCGUCGGGAAAAGAGUUCUGUAGAAAGAGACGAGUUUAGAGAGAGGAACAAUUCCGUCGAGAGAAGGGAGUCGUAUCACAGGAAGAGGUCACAAUCGAAAAGUUCUCAAAGAAGAUACAGCGAACACGAAGAUGAGCAUUCCAAUACAAUUAUCCAUUCUGACAGGAAAGAAUAUUCUCAGAAAGAGAGAUCACAAAGGAGAGGAGGCCGAUAUGGCGACGAAGAAGUAUCUGUUAGCAAGACGAGAUCUUAUAAUGCAGAAGAACGUUCUGGCAAAGGCCAUAAACACCACAGGCAUUCUCACCGGCAUAGAAGGUCAUCCGGUCAGGAUCAUCAUUCUUCUGACUGAUUUGUAUAUGUUCUUAGAGAACUUAACUGAGCAAGAAUAUUUGCAGAAAUCAGUUUGUGUUGUAAAGACUGCAAAGAUCAUGAAACCAACAUUUAUUUUUACGUUU